AUGUUGGAUGUUGAAGUUUGUGAUAUUGCAUUGUCUCAUGACAGCAGUAAGUUUGUGAACUUGUCAAAUAGAGCAUCUACAUCCUCCAAAAGGAAUUCGAGGUUGGAGGUUGAAGAAGAGGUUGAUAUGUUAUCAUCAUUUUGUCGACACAAGGGAAAAGUACUGUUGUCUGCUGGUUGGGCAGUUAGUAUUACACAUGUAGGACAAAAAUUUGAAGGUGGAAUUGUUGAAUUUCGUAAUGCAUUGUCGAAGUUUUCUAUUGAGUGUAGAUUUGAGUUCAUAUUUGUUAAGAAUGAUAAAGUUCGUGUUAUUGCACAAUGUUUGUUUAGAGAGGCAAAAGGUUGUAUGUGGAAUGUUCAUGGUAGAGUGGAGAAUGCUAAUGGGUUCUUUUAUAUAAGGAAGUUGAACAAUGUCCACAUAUGUGGUGCUGAAGUACGUACGAUGACUCAUUCUCGUAUGAGUUCUGAUUUAGUUGCUGAUUUGAUUGUUGAAGAUGUUCGUGAUAAUCCAUUGACACGUCCAGUUCAUGUUGUUCAGGAUUUUAAGUUGGGGUAUGGGCUGAGAGUUAGUUAUCAUCAAGCUUGGUUGGGGGUAGAGAAAGCAAAAGGUGAGAUUUUUGGAGACUACUUAGCCUCUGUUUGGGAAGGAAGAUUUAGAGGAAAUUUACUUGCUGCUACAGGAAAAGAUGGAAAUCAAGUUGUUGGCUCAGAGAAUCAAGAUAAUUGGCGCUGGUUUUUGGAGCAUUUGAGUAGAAUUGUUUUACCAAAACGAAAUAUUACAUUUGUGUCAGAUCAUAACCUUGGAUUAGUUGAAGUGUUGCCAAAGGUUUUCCCAAUGGCUUUCCAUGCUUAUUGUUUAUAUCAUUUGAAGAUGAACUUGAGGCAUUAUUUGCGUGUUGUGUUUCAUGGAUUGAAAGAAAAGUUGAUCACUUUGUUUAGGAAAUAUGCAUAUACUCCAACUGAAGAAACAUUUCAUCAAUGUUUGGUUGAGUUAAAGAUUGAAGGUGGGUCAAGAGUUGAAAAGUUUUUAGAUGACAUACCAUAUGAUCAUUGGAGUAAUGCAUAUUUUCGAGGACAACACUUUGGAGAGAUGUGGUCAAACGUAGCUGAAUCUUUCAAUUCGUGGAUACGAGAGGAAUGCCACUUGCCUUUCACAAAGUUGAUUGAUAGUGUAAGAAUUAAGUUGAUGAGGAAAAUUGCUAAGAGGAGGGAACUUGUUAAUAAAUGGAAUGGUUUGAUUUGCCCUAAAAUGGAGUCCAAGUUGCAUGAUGGUUUUAAUACUUCGAGGCCAUGGAUUGUUAGUUCAUUUGGAAAUGAUGUCUAUGAGGUGCAUUCACAUCCAUCUGUUUCAAUUGACAUUAGUGGACGAAUAUGUUCUUGUGGCGAGUGGCAGUUGAAAGGGUUUCCAUGUACACAUGCAGUUGGUGCUAUACAAAAGAGUGGACAUGAUUUGAGUUUAUUUGUUGAUCAAUACUUUUAUGUUCAAAGUUAUCGAGAGUCCUAUUCUUUUCCCAUAUAUCAUGUUCCUUCAAUUUGGAAACCAGAUUGUAAUGUUGAUGGUGAUAGUGAAGUUGUUCUUCUUCCUUUGUCUAAGAAGCAACCAGGAAGGGCAAAUAAGAAGAGGAUUCGUUCAAAUGGUGAGAAAGUGAGGCAAAUUAGUUGUAGUAGAUGUGAGAAGGUUGGCAAUCAUAAUAAGAAAUCGUGUAAGGAGGCUUUGUGA